AGCCAGCAGACAGAUUGUGGAAUAGCAGUUUUAAAUAAGGAAAUGGUGCAGCUGUCCAACUACCUCAAGGAGGCCCUGCACCGCGAGCUGCUGCUCAAGCAGAAGAUGGUGAUUCUGCAGGAGCUUUUCUCCACGCUGCUGCAAGCGUCGGAAAAAUCCUGGCAGGGUCAGCUGAACGAAGAUAAACUGAAGUGUAAACUAAGGGCGCUUGAAAAUCAGCUGCAGGCUUGCACCCAGAGUUACUCAAAGGAGUGCGUGAAGAAGAUCCUGAUAGAGAUGGAGGACCAGAAGCAGACCUACGAGCAGAAGGCAAAAGAGUCUCUUCAGAAGAUGCUGGAGGACAAACUCCAAACAGAGCAGCAGCUGCAAAACUCUCAGAGAAGCCUGGCAGCGACGAGAGAGGACCUUGCCUUCUGGAAAGAGCACUACACCACGCUCAAAGCUGAAACGACCAAGAUGACCACAGCACACACCGAGUUAGAGAACAACUUCCACGUUUUGCAAAGCGAACUGCAGGAAGCGGAGGCGCAGAACGUGCGCCGGGCCCGGCGCAGGCGGCAGGGCGAGCACGCUGCGCUGCACCGGCGAGCCAGCGCCCUGCGGGACGACAACGACCUGAAGGCUGAGCACAUCAGCGCCAUGGAAGAUAAAUUGCAAAAAGAACAAGAUCAGAAGGUAACGCUGGAGGCCACGAUCAGCCAUUUGCACAAGUUGAUGGAGAACCAGAGCAGCCAACGGAAGCCCCAGGAGGUGAUGGUGCCAAGGAAAGACCAGGUUUUCACCCCACCUCUUACUCCUGCCAAGGAAAAACAAAACGCUCUGCUAGAGCACCCCGAGGAGGAGGGAGAAGAAAGUCUGAAGGAGGAGAUACAGAAAAGGACAUCCCAGCUUACAGCAAAGGAGAACGAGGUACAUAUGGACACACAGGUAGCAGAAGUGAAAAUCCCCCGUCCCUGCAGUGCCCGUGCACGGGUGAAGCGCUGCAGCCGCUGCGGGAGCCCUGCCCCUCUCGGUGGGUACAGAAGCAAGGGGGUCCCUGCUGCUAACAGCCCCUUGCUCUGCUUGCAGUGCACGGAGCUGCGCUCGGAGCUGGAGGCCCUGAGCGAGGAGUACCGCUCCUGCCUGACCAGGCUGCGCCAGUGCCGGGACGAGCUCAACCGCUUCCAGAGCGAGCAGGCCAAGAGACGGUGCAGUCACUGGAUCCCCCUCCUGGUGGCAGUGACAGCAAUGGCCAUAGCCAUCUUCCUCGCAAGUUACAGACCAUGA